UGUACUCUGAGAAUAACCAAAACAAUGGCAAGCUCGAAGUCCAGACCCUGUUUUCCCCCCCUUCCCUCCUUCCUGCUACUCCUAACCCUCUCCCUUCUCCACCCUCUGCGUUGCUCCCAUGCAGCUCAGCAACCCAUCCAAGCCAUCGUAGUCCUCGUGCUAGAGAACCGGUCCUUCGAUCACAUGCUCGGAUGGAUGCAAAAGGCCCUCAACUCAUCCCUCAAUGGCCUCACAGGCACCGAAUGCAACCAUCAAUCCACCAUAGACCCCAAUUCACCGAGCAUCUGUAUUUCCGACGAUGCCCUUUACGUGGAACCCGAUCCAGACCACUCAUUCCAGGGCGUCAAGCAACAAGUCUUCGGCUUUGGCACCACUCCAUCCAUGUCAGGCUUUGUAGAACAAGCUCUAACCAUCUCUGAGGACUUGGCCAACAUUGUCAUGAAAGGCUUCAAACCUGAGAAUUUGCCGGUUUUCGCCUCCCUGGUGCAAGAAUUCGCAGUCUUUGAUCGAUGGUUCUCAUCACUUCCAGGGCCGACACAGCCUAACAGGCUCUUCGUGUAUUCUGCCACCUCUCACGGGGCCACAAGCCAUAAUAAGUUGAAGCUAUUUGAAGGGUAUCCGCAGAAGACCAUCUUCGACUCUCUUCACGAUGAUGGUUUGGACUUCAAUAUCUACUUUGAGAGUGCUCCGACGACACUGUUGUAUAGGAGGUUGAGGAAGCUGAAGUAUGUGUCCAAAUUCCAUAAGUUUGGGACCUUUAUGGAUCAUGCAAGGGAUGGGAGGCUGGCAAAGCUUAGUGUGCUCGAGCCGAGGUACUUCGAUCUCGAUGACAGCCCUGCAAAUGAUGACCAUCCUUCGCAUGAUGUUGCCAAUGGGCAGAAGCUGGUAAAGGAUGUGUAUGAGGCUCUGAGAGCUAGUCCUCAGUGGAAUGAGAGCCUUUUGAUCAUCACAUAUGAUGAGCAUGGGGGGUUUUAUGACCAUGUUGCGACUCCUAAUGUUGGUAUUCCAAGUCCUGAUGGGAUUAUCGGGCCUGAACCUUAUAAUUUCGGCUUUGAUCGGCUGGGAGUUCGAGUUCCCACGAUUGCGAUAUCCCCAUGGAUCAAGAAAGGAACAGUGGUGACCAGGCCAAAUGGACCGACUCCAACCUCAGAGUUUGAGCACUCUUCAAUCCCUGCAACCAUAAAGAAAUUGUACAACCUCACCUCGGAUUUCUUGACUCAGAGAGAUGCUUGGGCUGGGACCUUUGAGAGCAUUCUCAGUGAGCUAACCUCGCCAAGAACAGACUGCCCUGAAGUUUUGCCAGAUGUGCCGCCUCUGAGGGCAACAGGAGCGAAAGAAGAAAAACUACUAUCAGAAUUUCAGGGAGAGAUAGUCCAAUUGGCUGCUGUUCUCUGUGGUGAUGGUCAUUCAAUCAGCUUAAACACUAUGACUGUUAAGGAGGCUCAUGGAUAUGCAAAAAAUGUUGUCUCGAGAUUCCUUCAAGCAAGCAAAGAAUCCUUAAAAUCGGGUGCCGAUGAAUUAGAGAUAGUAGAUAUGAGAGCCUCACUGAAUGCUAGAACCACAAGCCCAUGAUUAGUGCCACUCAAUUACAAUGUUUUUCACUUAAGUACUAGAAUGAAGACUUCUCUAGACCCUCUGUUCUUAGUUUUAGUGCUCCAAUUAAUGUAAACAAGUAAUGGCAGUGUAGUCUGAUAUGAGCCUGAAUUACAAAAUGGUGUUCCAUUGUAGGGCUUCUCCUUAAUAGAUUAUGAGUUUGUCUUUUAUUUUUUUUCUUUUUAUUUUUGUAGAAAGUAGAAUGUGACUUUUGAACUCUGAUUAGAAUGUGAGUUUGUUCUGUAA